AUGUCCCAGCGCCAGGCGGAGAAGCUUCAGCAGGCCGAGAAGCGGCUGAAAGAUGCCAAGGCGAGACUGAGUAAUCUGAAAGGCGACACCUCCAAAGGCAAUGACAACGAGUCAGAAGAGGCCAGCGCCAACGAAGAUGAUGAGGAGGAGGAAGAAGAAGAGGAGGAGAUCGGUUCAGAUGAGUCUGGGAGCGACUCAGGCUGA